CUGUGGCAGCGCUUGAACCGCACCACAGUUGGCGGAGGAGCCAGAAGGGGCCGGCCUGGGCCCCCGUUCCUCACGGCCCGGAUGGAUGCGCCCCGCCCGGUGUUCCGGCGGCAGGCGGCCGCCAGGCUCCUGCGGACGGCCAGGGUCCCCCGCGAGUGCUGGGUUUUGCCCACCGCGCUGCUCUGCGCCUAUGGCUUCUUCGCCAGUCUCCGGCCGUCCGAGCCGUUCCUGACCCCCUACCUGCUGGGGCCAGACAAGAACCUGACGGAGAGGGAGGUCUUCAAUGAAAUUUAUCCAGUGUGGACUUAUUCUUACCUGGUGCUGCUGUUUCCUGUGUUUCUUGCCACAGACUACCUCCGUUACAAACCCGUGAUUCUGCUGCAGGGGCUCAGCCUUAUUGUGACAUGGUUUAUGCUGCUCUAUGCCCAGGGACUGCUGGCCAUUCAGUUCCUGGAAUUCUUCUACGGUGUUGCCACGGCCACUGAAAUUGCCUACUACUCUUAUGUGUACAGUGUGGUGGACCUGAGCCUGUACCAGAAAGUCACAAGCUACUGUCGAAGUGCCACCUUGCUGGGCUUCACAGUAGGCUCUGUCGUAGGGCAGAUCCUCGUCUCAGUGGCAGGCUGGUCCCUGUUCAGCCUUAAUGUCAUCUCUCUUACCUCUGUCUCCGUGGCUUUCGCCGUGGCCUGGUUUCUGCCUAUGCCACAGAAGAGCCUUUUUUUCCACCACGUUCAUUCCAUCUGCCAGGGAGUGAAUGGUAUCAAGAUACAAAACGGUGGCAUUGUUACUGACACCUCAGCUUCGAAUCACCUUCCCAGGUGGGAGGAUGUUGAGUCAAAAAUCCCUCUAAAUGUGGAGGAGACUCCCAUAGAGGAAGCGGAGCUGAAGCCAGACCGUGCUCUGGUGCUGAAGGCGCUAUGGGAUGACUUCCUGACGUGCUACUCCCGUCGCCCUCUGCUCUGCUGGUCGGCGUGGUGGGCCCUCUCCACCUGCGGCUAUUUCCUGGUUGUGAACUACACACAGGGCCUGUGGGAGCAGGUGAUGCCCUCUCGUCAUGCCGCUGUCUAUAACGGCGGCGUGGAGGCCGUGUCAACCUUACUCGGUGCUGUUGCUGUGUUUGCAGUUGGUUACAUUAAAAUAUCCUGGUCAACUUGGGGAGAAAUGACAUUGUCUCUAUUUUCUCUCCUGAUUGCUGCCUCCGUGUAUAUCAUGGACACCGCGGGUAACAUUUGGGUGUGCUACGCGUCCUAUGUUGUCUUCAGAAUCAUCUACAUGUUACUCAUCACUAUAGCAACUUUUCAGAUUGCUGCGAACCUCAGCAUGGAACGCUACGCCCUAGUGUUUGGUGUAAACACCUUCAUUGCUCUGGCUCUGCAGACUGUGCUCACUCUCAUCGUGGUAGAUGCCAGUGGGCUUGGCUUAGAAAUUACCACUCAGUUCCUGAUCUACGCUGGUUAUUUUGCACUCAUCGCUGUGGUUUUCCUGGCUAAUGGUAUGGUCACUAUUACGAAGAAAUAUAGAAAGCAAGAAGAUCCGGAAUCAAGUUCUCAAGGAACUACUUCAUAAUACACUGCUGACGACCUUCUUCUUAUAGCAAGAACUCAGUACAGCAACUGUCCUUGGAUAAUUUAAUUUUUUUAAGGUGUAGACAUAUAUUUAAGAAUGUGUAUUUCAUGGCUUCAAAGCAGUCAAUUGACUGUAUCUUUGUUCCUAUAGUAACAUAAUACUAACUGUUCAGAGGAGCCAGAAGUCAAGUUUAUUUCGUGGAUUAUUUAAGGACAACUUUUCUGAUUCAAAAGUGAAUUUGACUUUGAAAAUUAAGUAAGAACAAUCAAGCAGCACAUGGUGUUGUAUACCUGCUAGCAAAUGAGUCUGGUGUGCGAUAGUACUUCCACAUCUGAUUUGCUAGAAGGUUGGCCUGGUGGGACCAGGGCUUCACAGGGGCCACAAGAUGUUACAGGUCAGGAUCAAAAUACGUUCAACUUAUUUUGGUGUUAUUCAUGUGCAUUUGUGUUUCUACAGAUGAAAGCUGUUUCUAACACUGGCAGUAUUUGCUCUGGUUUGGUGUUCUGUCCAAUAAGGAGUGUGUGUCUUUUCUAAUAUUAAGUUAUCUUUAAAGGUUCAUUGUAUGAACUCAGUUCCCAUCUUGACAGUUAUGUAUUUAUGUAGAUUUUUUUAGAAGUACAGUUUUGCAUUAUUCCUAUGCUUCCCAGAGAAGCUCAUUUAGUUAGAAAAUAAGGCAAGUUUUGAAGCCCUGCUAAUAAUAAUAUAAAUGAAGAGACCUAAUCAGAAAACUCAAGCUAGGUUUCCUUGUCUUUUAUUCUUUAGUAUGAGAGACUAUUAAUUCCAUGAUGAAAAGUUAGAAUAUGGGCUAAAGACAACUACCCACUACCCCAUUUCGUAUUUGCAUUCCCUUUUAUUUCCAAAAUAAAAUGAAAAAGUCUUUUUUUUAUAAUAACUUCAUCCCCAUUUAUAUCUUUUAUAUUAUUUGCCGUUCUUAUCCAAGAUAAAGAUGUCAUUAGGAGUUGGAUUAUUCCAAGAACUUUUUCACAAACUGAGCCUCUUUUUGAUUAUCAGUGGGACAGGAACCAGGAUAGACUUGAUUCCUGCAUUUUGUACAAUAAAUCUGCCUUUAUUUCUAAGGGUGGAUCGUCUUGAAUAUUUGCUUCAAAGAACAAUUGCUAGUGAUUCCAUUUCCAAGUUACUUGAAAAAAUAUUAUUCUAUAUACGCUUAAUCCUCAGACCAGCCUACUAAGUGGCUGCUAGAAUAUGUGAGACAUGAAAACUAUUUUAAAGCCAACUUUGUUGCCUUACCUUGAAAAGAAUCUAGGUAGCUGCUUUUAACUGGUGUGUUAACUUUUUUAGAACCACACAGAUAAGAGUGUGAAUAAUAAUGUCAAGAUUGCAAAACUGACAUAUUUAUUUGGGUUAAGCAGGAACUUUGGAAUCAAAUGAAUAGGAUAUGAAUAGGUCCUUUUCUAGUCAACCUCUUUUUAGAUGUAGAGAAAGGAAAAGAACACUGAGGAGGAGAAGGGGAAGUGAUGUCAUAAAAGCAGCCUCUAAUUUUAUAUUUUGUCUUUUUUUUUUGCUAUAUAAGGAAUUAUUUACUCAGAAACAAGUAGAAAAUUGGUGUUUGAGGGAUUUUAUUUAAUUUUUUUAAUAAAAUAGACUAUGGUACAAUCAAAUUGUUCACAUUACCAAAGCGCUAUUUCCCUAGAAUUUAAUUUGAUGUUUGUGGCACACAACUGGAGCCUUUAUUUAUCUAAAACGGUAAUAAGUUCAAAUCUUAAUGUGUGGCCAUAUUUGUAGAAUGCUGGACCAUGUUUGCAAGUUGUACUGUAUGCAGUUUUGCAAAGACGUGGAAAUAAUUUGUUGUACUUUUUAUUCAAUUCUGUAUAGAGUAUAAAAUUAUUUUUAUUAAAUAAAUAUUUUACAGUAUAUUUCCCUUUUUAAUCAAAAUUAUUUUAAGUUUAUCUUUUGCUUUAGUAGGACCUUUCAAUUACAUCUUUAAAUCUUUUAAUAAUUUCUAAGACAAAUUUUAUAUUAAGCCUUCCCCUCACCAGACCUUCCCAAUUAACCUUGUCAUUCUAUUCAUUCUUCCAUUUUUUGUGAUCAUUACCUUUGACUUCCCCCUUAUAUUUGCUGUUUUCCUAAUGUUUUUCUAGCAGCACAUUGUACUGUUUAUUUUUCUUGGUCCUCAUCUUAAUACCUCUCAUCUUUGUUUCUAAAGCAGUCUCCCUUUUAGAAACUGAAAGGACCCACAUUUCCUUUGCUGUUGACUGAAUUUUAAAAAUAAAGGAAAUUAAAUCGAGAGAAAGUA